UACGCGCAGAAAGAUCAUAAAAAAUAUACAUCCAUACAUAUUUAUAGAAUAAACUGGGCAACUGGAAAAUAAACAUUCAUGCAACGGAAUCGAAGUGCCAUAGUGAAACGCGAGUGUUUGCAAAUUGUUCGCUCUGUUUAGUCAAUAUAGGAAUCACACGAGACAUAUCGCCAAUUAAAUAGAUAUAUUCAUAUAUAUAUAUAGAGAGUACCACCGACAAUAUGACAAUAUCGGGCGGCAAUCAACAUAAUAACAAUGCAAAUCGCAAAUAUGAAAAACUCAUUAAGCAGCCGCAGAUGCAAUUUGGAACGUCCGUGACCGGAACCCAAACGGAUGUGGAUUCCAGCGGAGAUGCGUCUGAUGUCGGCCAGGACUUUAGCAAUUUCAAUAAGCAUUUCGGCAAUGGUCAUGCCAUCAUCACAGAUCGCACGAUGCUGCUGCUGCCUUCGGAGGACGAUGUCACCACCACCACCACCAGCACCGCCGGCGCCGGCGCCGGCAUUGUCACGUACAAGGGUAAAUCGAAUGGCAAUGGAAACGGUAUCGGGAACGGGAGUAUCGGGAGUAUCAGCCUGGAUUUCAACGGCAGUCCUACCUCAUCAACGUCAAUUGGCAUCGCCAGCAGUAGCAGUACGAACAGUAGUUCCCACCUGGCCAGCGGUGGACUGGGUGGUGGCUCCGAGCCAGGCGGUUGGAUGUGCCAUUGUUGUAAUUUAAUUGCACGUCGCUGCUUUGGCAUCAACGUUCGACGCUGUGUCCUGGCGCUUCUGGCCAUUACGGUGGUUAGCAUUUUCUACUACACGCAUUAUGUCGAUACGGGCGUGUUUAAUGGACUCAUCCAACGCGACACACAUCCCGCUCCCAUCAUCAACUGCCGCCUGAUCAACUCGGGCGGCAAGCACAUCCGGGAUGCCUCCCCAGCGCCCGACCAUCGUUCCGAGGCUCGGUUGCGGAUCGAUCCCAAGGUCCUCGUUUUUGUGGAGACCACAUAUUCCGGUCUAGGCAGGGACAUUGCCGAGCUGCUCGUCUACAAUCGGAUCAAAUACAAAAUCGAAGUGGCGGGCAAGAGUCUGCCAGUUCUCACCAAUCUGGAUAAGGGCCGCUAUGGCGUGAUUGUGUUUGAGAAUCUGGACAAGUACCUCAAUAUGGACAAAUGGAAUCGGGAACUGUUGGACAAAUAUUGCCGCGAGUACUCGGUGGGAAUUGUGGGCUUCGUGAGUCCCAGCGAGGAGACUCUGGUGGGUGCACAACUCCGGGAUUUUCCGCUGUUUGUCAACACCAAUCUGAGGCUGCGAGAUGCCAGCCUGAAUCCCUCCUCGUCGGUGCUUCGAUUAACCCGAGCGGGGGAGACGGCCUGGGGUGCCUUGCCCGGCGAUGAUUGGGCUGUUUUCCAGCAUAAUCACAGUACCUACGAGCCAGUGGAGUGGGCUCAGCGAAACACUCAAGAAUAUCCAGCGGACAGUGUGGGCCAGGUGCAACUACCGCUGACCACCGUUCUCCAAGAUCGCGGACAGUUGGACGGCAUACAGAGAGUUCUCUUCGGAAGCAGUCUGCGUUUCUGGCUUCAUCGCUUGGUCUUCCUGGAUGCCCUGAGCUAUCUAAGUCAUGGACAACUUAGUCUUAAUCUCGAGCGUAUGAUUCUAGUGGAUAUAGAUGAUAUAUUCGUGGGUGAAAAGGGCACAAGACUGCGACCAGACGAUGUUCGAGCGUUGAUAGCGACGCAGAAGAAUAUAGCAUCCAUGGUUCCGGGCUUCCGGUUUAAUCUGGGCUUCUCGGGGAAGUACUAUCACCAUGGCACGAGGGAGGAAAAUCUCGGCGAUGAUUUCCUGCUGCAGAACGUCCAGGAGUUCAAUUGGUUCUCGCACAUGUGGAAGCAUCAGCAGCCCCAUUUGUAUGAUAACCUCACCCUGCUGAUGGCAGAAAUGCACUUAAACUACGCCUUUGCGGUGGAUCACAAUAUACCCACAGAUUCGGGUUACUCCAUAUCACCACAUCAUUCGGGCGUUUAUCCCGCCCAUGAACUACUGUAUCUGGCCUGGAAGAAGGUGUGGAAUGUCAAGGUUACGUCGACUGAAGAGUAUCCCCACUUGAGACCCGCUCGCCUGCGAAGGGGAUUCAUUCAUCGCAAUAUUAUGGUGUUGCCCAGGCAAACUUGUGGCCUCUUCACUCACACCAUGUACAUUGAUCGCUAUCCGGGCGGCAGGGAUAAGCUGGACGAGUCGAUUCAGGGUGGCGAACUCUUCCAGACCAUCGUGUAUAAUCCCAUUAACAUCUUUAUGACGCACAUGUCCAACUAUGGUUCGGAUCGUCUGGCUCUGUACACAUUCCAAUCGGUGAUCAAGUUCCUGCAGUGCUGGACCAAUCUCAAGUUGGCCUCGGCGCCGCCAGUUCAGCUGGCCGAAAUGUAUUUCCGGCUGCAUCCGGAGGAGGUGGAUCCCGUGUGGGGUAAUCCCUGUGACGAUGUGCGGCACAAGAAGAUCUGGUCAAAGACCAAGAACUGCGAGUCGCUGCCAAAGUUUCUGGUGAUUGGUCCCCAGAAGACGGGCACAACUGCUCUGUACACAUUCCUAUCCAUGCACGGCAGUGUUGCGAGUAAUAUCGCCAGUCCGGAAACCUUCGAGGAGGUGCAGUUCUUCAACGGCAAUAACUACUAUCGGGGGCUGGACUGGUACAUGGACUUCUUCCCCUCGGAAUCGCUACCGAACACGAGUUCCCCGAUGCCCACGCAGCUGGGAGCGCCGCGCUUCAUGUUUGAGAAGAGUGCUACCUAUUUCGAUGGCGAAGCUGUGCCAAAGAGAACCCAUGCCCUGCUUCCGCAUGCCAAGAUCGUGACGAUUCUGAUAUCGCCGGCCAAAAGGGCCUACUCCUGGUACCAGCAUCAACGCUCCCACGGCGAUGUUAUUGCCAAUAACUAUAGUUUCUAUCAGGUCAUAACGGCCAGUGACUCGGCACCCAGGGCACUGAAGGAUCUGCGGAACCGCUGCCUAAAUCCCGGCAAGUACGCCCAGCACUUGGAGCACUGGCUGGCCUACUAUCCCGCCCAGCAGUUGCACAUCAUCGACGGCGAGCAGUUGCGACUGAAUCCCAUCGAUGUGAUGAACGAGCUGCAGCGCUUCCUGAAAAUCCAGCCGCUGCUCGAUUAUUCAAAUCACCUGCGAUACGACGUUAAGAAGGGCUUCUACUGCCAGGCCGUCAGCGAGAAGCGCAAUAAAUGCCUCGGCAAGUCCAAGGGGCGUCAGUAUCCGACGAUGGAUGAGCGCAGUGCCAAGCUGUUGCAGCGAUACUAUCUGAAUCACAAUACGGCGCUGGUGAAGUUGCUCAAAAAGCUGGGCUCGCGGCCAAUACCGCAAUGGCUCAAAGACGACCUGUCCACGGGCACGUGAUAGCAGCUGUUUGGCGGCGGCGGAGGAGGCGGCAGCAGCAUAGGAGGCAUCAAGUAUCGCAAAUUGCGGGCAAAACUCAGGAAACAGUUGCGUUGGCUGCAUCUGGCGGCCGAAAGUGCGGAGAGCAGCGCCCAGCGACGACGACGUCACAACUGACAGGAUGAAAAUGAGGCGAAAACGAAAAUUCGAUGGAAAACCCAUCAGCAAUGUUCCAAUUUUCACGUUCGGCAGGCUUUUGCGUUGGCGAAAAUAGACACGAAUUACUUGAUUUU